AUGCCUCUGGGCAGCGGCCUCUAUGACAACGGCCAGCAGCAACUCGAAGAGGCUCAAAGUCAGCGCCGGGACCCUAACUCUGGGAGGAAGCUGCCCCCGCGCCACUCCGAGCUGGGCCCAGGCCUGGUCUCGCCCCCCGCCCCGGCAGCGGCGCCGGCCCCCAGCUCGAGUCCCAAGGGGCCCGCAGCCAGGGCGGGCGGGCUCCGGGAAAGUGGCGCCGGGGCGCACGGCGGGCCCGGGACGCCGCCGCGCACCUUCCCCUCCGCGUCCUCCCUCGUUCCCCCCUCCGAAAGAUGGCGGGCAGAGGAAAGGGGGAAAAAAAUCCCUUCCGCGAGGGAGGGCGCGGGAGGCCGGGUUGGCGCGGGGCGCGCGGGCCGUGCCAACUCCGGGCUGCGCGCCCCAGCUGCGGCGACGCCCCCAGCCCGGGGCGCGGGCUGCCAGGAGGGCGCGGGCGAGGGCGAAGGGGAGGGAGCCCGCGUCGCCGCCGCCGCCGCCGCCGCCGCGACCCCGGGCGGCCGCCGCGCUUUGUUGCAUCGUGGCCGCGCACAAAGGCGGCGGCGGCCCGGGCGCCCGGCUCCCGAGACGCGCCGGCGGCCCGCGCAGGACGCACGGGGCCGCGCUCCCCGGCCCGCCCGGCCCGCCGCCGCCCGCGCCCAUAAUAGACGCGCCGGAGCCGAGCAGGGCUCAUGCGCUGCGCCGCGGCGCCUGGCGGGAGUCGUAGUCCGCGGCCGGGCCCGCGCCGGGGCCGCCCAGGGGAGGCCGCGGCGCGCGGACUACAUGUCCCGGCCCCGCCGGCGCCGCGCCCCGCCCCGCGCGCCCCCGCCCGCUGCCCGCCCCGCCGACCCGGCCGCGAGCGGGCCCGGCCCGGGGGGCGCGCGGGGCGGGGCGGGGCGGGGACCCUCGGCGGCCGCCCCCAGCCCGGGCCCGCGCGGCCCGCCCUCCGUCCCUGCCGCCCGCCCUGCCGCGCAGGGAACCUGCGCCUACGGGCGAAUUUCCUGGUGCCCGCGGGAGGCGUGGAAAAGGCAGGAGCGCGGCCAGCACCGGCCCGCCCGCCGCCACUCCCGCCCGGGGACCCCGGAGCCCGGGACAGCAGAGCUGCCUGCACGCGGUGACUGCAAGUACGGACUGUCCCUGACCGGGGCUCUCUGCGAGCGGACAGCCGGGCAUGCGGGAGGGCUGGGGGGCCGGGAGGCGGAGUGCGGGGGGCCGACGCCCCCAACCCUGCGGGCUCAGGGUCCUCGCUUCCGGGAGGGGGCCGGAAUGGGACCCUAUCGGCCGAGGGGCGAGCGCUGCUGCUUCCUGGGGGCGCCGCUGCAGGCCGAGUUCAGGAGUGCCCCUCCGAGAGGCCGGCUUUGUGCGCUCGCCCCGCCCCACCGCAGCCCCGCCCCUUGCGCACGCGCACUGCCAGUGCCCCCCCCCCCCAACGCCGCCUCGUCCAGCUCGGCCCGGCUCCCGCCCAGGCGGCGGCGACGCGACGCCCCGAGCGCCCGCCCCGCCGCCGCGGCCGGCAGGCGCCCCGCGCCCCCACCGCCUCCCUUCCGGGUGCCGGCCCUGCGCCCCCCGUUCGCACCCGGCCCCCGGCGGCGGCCCCCUCCCCGUACUCGGGUCCCGGAGCCCCUCCCCAAACGUACCCCCCGGGGACCCCCAGCGCCCACCCGUGCAGCCACCCCCCAGCUUCUGCUCCCCCAGCGGCCGGGUGACAAGCCCUCAGCCCGGGGACUAAACACCCCCUACCCCGACCUGCUGCUCGCCCUCAGCCCAGGCACCCAGGCCGUGUCUCUGCCCUGA